GUUUACACUUACUCUCACCUCUUCCAUUCACAAUACGAGGCAGGAUGUCUUCGGUGACUAGUCCUUCUCCUUCUCCCCCACAUCAGCAGGCAAGCAUGUCGCGACGCCCACCACGCAAGAGUACUCUCACCCAGCAGCAAAAGAAUCAGAAGCGCCAGCGUGCAACUCAGGAGCAGUUGGUUACUUUGGAGGCGGAGUUCAAUAAGAACCCAACGCCCACGGCCAUUGUUCGUGAACGGGUCGCCCAGGAAAUUAACAUGACCGAGCGAUCAGUACAGAUCUGGUUUCAAAAUCGGUAUGUAGCGUUGUAUGGUAUCGAUGAAAUGAGAUGAUCUAACCUUCUUCAUUUUUUGUAGUCGCGCCAAGAUUAAGCAUUUGGCGAAGAAGAGUCUUGAGACUGGGGAGGAGUGUGACGCUGUUCCUGAUUGCGUGCGUCAGUAUUUCGCGAUGCAAGCAAUGGAAAAUGGAAAAGCGUUCCCCCGUGGCCUCAUGGGUGAUCGAUCCCGGAGUCUUUCGGCUUAUGGCAAUGGUAAUAUGUUGAAUCCAGAGCAAAGUCCUCAGGGCAAAAUCGGUAUGUUGGAGAUCCCGAGCUUGGGUUAUAUUUAUUGCAUGCAAUUGACCUUGAUUAGUGAUCCACCACUUUACAUGUCGUUCAUUGAGCAUUGGGUCAUGGCGUCGGGUUGGGCAGAACGCCAUGGACCUGGUUAUAUUCUAUUCGCCAGAGAAGGCCUGCAUCACCUACUAUAUCAACAACGAUUCAGCCGGCUAUAAGAUUGAGUAUCCGUUCGCAUAUAUCAAGAGCAUCGAAAUCGAGGGUUUGGAUACGCCCGUCACGUCCCACGGAGCACAGAAGCAGGGACAACUUGUCAUCACUUUGACCCAACCUCCCAACUUUUUUAUGGACUCGUCUGGAUCUGCAUCCGGAUCUGGUGGGUUUUACCAGUGCGGUGAUUUUACCGAGGACCAACAAGCCUCCCAAGUUCUGAUCCAUCAACUUGGAGGGCACCCGAAGAUCCUCCAGAGCCAACUAGCGAAGUUGAUGACCCUGGAUGCGUUUGCGAACAGACACCUGCACUCUCAGUCACAUUUACAACAAUUUUAUGACAACCCGACAUUUUCAGUCUCCGCUCCUGUAUCGCCCCAGAUUGUGCGACCUGCCUCAUCUAAUGAUGUUGACACCCCUGCCGGUUACCCACAGGACCCAGCCCCUGGACACAACUUUCAUCAGAAACACAGACGCACUAGGAGUCGCUCUGUUCCGCUUGCGAUCGACUUCUCUCAGCUCCAGCAGAAUAUGCCAUCAUUUUCAUUCCAGGAUGCUCAAGACCAUCUUUAUGCCCCCGCCCCUCAGCAUCCUCAUGCACUUGUUAGCUCGGGACUCCCCAACCCUCUCCGCAUUGAUACGUCUUCUUCCGGAUUCCUUGACUACAGGCCGGGAUCGGCAUACCCUCUGUCGGCUGCUACUACUACCUCUCCUUCGGAUUAUUCUAGCCCUUCGAUGAUCAACUCUUCCCUGCAUCAUGAUAUGAGCAACAGUGCUGGUUAUGGUACUCCAUACAGUUUGCCUUUCCUUUCGCCUAUGGUCGAUCCAGCUAGUGCCAUUGGCACUUCUGUUUCUCCCGUCUCGAUCCGUCAUGGUGACCCGGUGAUUGCUAGUACCUCGCCCCCUUUGUCCCAUCUCUACCGAUCCACAAGCUCCGAAAUGUUCCCUGAGGCAUAUGAUCAACAGAAUCCUCUCUCGGACGAUGGUGUUGGGUUGAAUGAAUUGUACUCAAAGCAGUCGCUGGGUCUGUCUGGCCACUCGCCCUCGGUCGAGGAUCAGGAGGAUGUGGAUAUGCAGCAGAUGAUGCAGUUUUCGUUAGCGCAGGGAGUUACACCGGCCGCGAACGGGAUGUAAUUGGCCCAGCUUGGCAGCUGAGGCACCACUGGCAUCUUUGGAUACGUAUAGAUCGCUUUAGUAUGACGCGUUAAUAAUAUUUCUGUUUUCCGAUGCCUUUUGCUCUUCGCCUUUCAUUCGCAUUUGGUUUUCCUUUUCUUGCCUUUCCUUUGUUAUUGUUUUUGUCAUUAUUUUGCAUCUUGCGCUGCUUUUUGGUUGUUUCUGUAUGGCUAUUGCGGUGAUUGGGGGUUCUUUUUUUGCUCAAUGCAUGAUUCGAGUGCUGGCUGCUCAUCACUGUGUGGGGUUUGUUGGUUUCUUCACUGUUUUUUUAUUUCCACAAAAUUAUUUUUUCCUUUUAACGGUUUCAUUUGGCAGAAGGGACAUUUCUACUUAGUUGGAUUGGGUGGUCAUGGCUUUCAUAUACUUGGUUGUAAUUGUAAGCCAAGAACUGGUAAAACUUUGGACCUUAGGGAGGCGUUCAGUCGGCAGGACAGAUGGGGAUGGUAGGAUAUCCUCCCAAAAUAUUAUUCCCUGCGCUAUUUACACAAAAUUUGAUAAUGUGUCGCAAUUCUUCAAUUGUGCUGCCUUUUCUUUUUCUCUUCUUUUCCUUUCCCUUUCCUCAUGCUUUGAGAACAAAUUAUCUGUUUUAAUCUCCUUUUUUCCUCUACCCUUUUUUGUUCCUUUGGUUGCCUAGUUUCCUAACUUUUUGGAUUCAAUCGUCGAUCCCGGCGGGUCAUGGAGUUCACAGGGCAUAUAGCCUACUCCUGGGUUCCCUCGUGCUUUCCUCUUUCUCUGUCCUCAUUCUCCUAUCGUGCUAGCACCAUUUAUCCGUAAUAGUACUUGUAGCAGCAUCAUGAUUUCCCAAUACCUGCCUCUUCUAUCUAUCCUCCGUGGACCGAUCUUGUGGCGGGUGGCUCGAUGGGUAGUGGUAUUAUAUAGAAUGGAAAAGAAAUGCAACGUUUGAACGAAGUUCUCUCUCCGCAUCGCAUUGAAUUCGUAAGUUAGUCCCGGUGUAUUACCGUUGGGGUCGGUGGCCAAGUCGGGGUUGGGCGGCAACUCAUAGAGAAUGUCCAACCUUGAGUCGGCCGCGCUCGUAUACUGGAGAGGGUGUUCAAAGUUACUGAUCAUAGAUCUACGUCUAAAACAGGGUCAAGAAAGGGAGCAUGCUGGUGGGGAUAGCGGAUCGAAGAGAACCAGCUUACCUUUUGACGUCCGGUUGAGGAUUCAAGUUCUCAACCAUGCGCUCAAUAUCUUAUUACUGCCCCCACUACUGCGAAUAUUUCCCAACAGCAUCCCUCGGCAUCUCCACCCUUACCCCCACCUCUUCCAACCAUAUCCCGCCGGACAAAGGUUUUAUCUAUUAUUCCUCUCCUCUCUCCUUCAACUCACCGGUCUGAGUGCACCAAGAUUUCGAGUACCGGUGGCAUAAUUUCUCUCGUUCCAACAAACACAACCUGCUAGGAUGUCAGAAAAAGGUAUUUUGGAAAAGCUGUGGACUAAUUCCAAACCCUGCGAGGGGGAAUAGGGAGCGCUCAGGGGAAGAAGGAUCACUCUCCUCUGGCAACUCUGGCAGUAGGGGAGCCAUAUUCAUGGCUAUCACCUAUGAAUCGAAUAUCCCUAGAAAUCAGUGUUCUCCCUAUAGCAGUGCUGGGAGAUGAUGAGGGGCAGGUGUGAUUCUUACAAGGUGUGAUGGAGUGGUUGUUUGUGCAUUAGUGAAGGGGUCGGGACGGGUUUUUGAGCUCAGCGGGCCCAAUCACUGGACUGGCUACAAACUGGGAACGUAGUGUUGCCCGGACUCGUGUUUGCUACCGUUUUCGGUUGAUGGGUUCUAACUUAUUGGUCAAUUUGUUACACAGCACCGGCACAAUGCAUGGAAAUGGUGAAAACUCUGGACUCGAUACUGUAGUGGACAAGGGUGCCUAGAGGAAGGCUGGCG